UAAACGCGCGUCCACCGCACCGUGUCCAUGGAAACACGUCCCGACGAGGAGACCGACUCAGACUCAAAACCGGAACAACUGAGAGAGUAUUGUUGACAACUGUGGCUUGUCAGCAAAGUUGUCCACUUGCCACAAGAAUGAAGCUGUUAAAAUGUAUUUCAGAGGUCUUUGUAGUGUCCUGGACGGGUUGCCGUUAGUGCUAGGUAGCUAAUGAGCCGGGUCAGUGAGCUGCUAAGUUAAUAAUAGACCGUGUUCGUAAGGUUUCAGGGCAUCUGGAGGUUAGCCUAGCUUAGCUUAGCUUAGCUAAAGACACAGCGGCAGCAUGGGCGAUGGCAGCAUUACUCCCAGGAUAGGCAACAUGAAGGCUUUGCUCGGUAUUCUUGCCGGGGCUGGAGCUUCUUACGGGGUUUACAAACUUAUCAGCGGGGGUAUUUUCAGGAGGAAUAAGAAAAAUGUCUCCGCUGAAGGUCCUGGUGUCAAGAGCUGCCAGCAGAGUGGAGUGAAGCUACAGCCGGGGAGUCUGGUGGCCAGGGUGUCUGGGCUGGAUGUUGUCUGUCCACGACCGAUGGAUGCUUCAUCAGGCGAUAUCAUCCACCAGUCCCCCAGCAACCUGGAGCCACAACACUUGAAAAUGCUGCUGUCAUGUCUGCAGACCAGUGAUAAUCCAUCAGACAGAUGUCGGAUUCUGCUUACGUUAGGAAACACUGCCGCUUUUACUGUGAAUCAGAAUCUGAUACGGGAGUUUGAAGGAAUUCAUAUCAUAGCCGGUUUCCUUUCUGAUGCUUCCGCGGGGGUUCGAGUGCAGAGUCUGAACGCUUUAAAUAAUCUGUGCAUGAACAUCCAGAACCAGGAACAAAUAAAGGUUUAUGUGCCGCAAGUGCUGGAACUGAUUGAGAUGUCACCAGUGAAUUCGGACCUUCAGCUUGGUGCUCUGAGGCUGCUAACGAACCUUUCAGUGACAGACAAACAUCAACACUUGCUGAAGCAUUCUGUUACACUUUUACUGUCUCUGCUGGUUGUGAGCAAUGAAGUGCAACAGGUGCAGACUUUGAAAGUCCUUGUGAAUUUGUCAUCCAACCCAGACAUGAUGGAUGACAUUGUUCAAGCUCAGGCACCAGCUUCUGUGAUGCUGUUGUUUGACCAGCGAACGGCCCCUCCGGUGCUCCUGCGGCUGCUCACCUUUGUAGGGAACUUGAAGGCCUGGAGGCCGUCUGCCCAGGUGGCCGACGAACUGAGGCGGAAGCAGGAUUGCCUCUUCCGGGUCAUGCUGGAUGAAUCUUCCCAGCUGCAGGGCAGACUCGUCCAGCUGCUUUCUCACCCCGAUGGGGAGAUUCAGGCCCAGGUGGCUCGUAUCUUGACAUAGACUUCCCUCUCCCGGUCCACACUAUAAUUUUUGCUUCCUCACAUUUUUGCCAAAGCCGCCAACCUUUCGUCCUUCCAGUUUUAAAUUAUACAUCUGUUGGCAAUAUCCUCACGGAAGAGCAGGUUUGUGUAGUCUCCUGUGGAUACUUUGGCUUUCUCUGUCUCACCCCGUACAGUGUUCCCUAGCUCAAUAUUAUUAUUAUUACCACACAUGACUAAGCUAUCUCUGCCAUCCUGAUUUCUAGCGUCCUACACUGCAAUUAGUUGAUGAGCACCUAGUGAGCAGGAAGCAGGAAGAAAGCAUUCAUUUAGUUAAGCGUUAUAACCCGCCACCUCUUCCUGCCAGAGACUAUUUCCUCUCAAAGACCCAUAGUGCCCUAUCUUCUGAGAGCUUCACCUAAAAUCUCUGAAGACACGUUCCAGGUGAAAUUUCUGAAUCCAACCCCACUGCCAGAAGUUUUCUAGAGAAUGUUUCAGCAUGUCCCGGUGUACCACACCUCCGUGGUCCAGAGAGUUUUUUUGCUGCACACCUUAGCAUGCCUUGGAUUGAAGUACUACAGCUCCAGUCCUCGCUGGAUUUUAAAAACAUUUUUUUUGUUUUCCUCCUAAAUACUUAUUUUACCAGUGGUUUGCAUCGUAACUUUAGAUGGACCAAAGAGUUUAAUCUACGUGAUGCUUGGCUUCAUACGAGAUAGUGAGGGAUUCAGGAGGAUUGUGAAGUUGUGACACGGCCUCACCAGCAUUAAAGGAGCUGAGGUGUUCGGGACACCUGACUCAUGAAGGAGCCUGAACGUUGACUUCAAAGAUCACUACAGUCUGGAGGGAGGGAGGGAGGGGAGACAGGGGGUCGAUCCAGGACGUUCUUUUGUUGAAUGUCAAAUGGCCUGUAAACACCUAAAAAUCUCCCCCUGGGAGGUGUUGGAGGAAAUUACCAGGAAAAAGGAUGUCUGGACCUCUAUGAUUGUUUUGCAACUAUCACGAAUAUCAAAGAGAAAUGCAGCUGGAAAAUAACAGUACGACUGUUACAGCAGAAUAAUGAUGACAGCCAUGAGUGUUUGAAUAUUUUUUAUUUAUAAAACCUUUUUUUUUUCUUCUUUUUUUUUUAAUUGCAGCAGGGAUCGAAUGUUAAACACAAACCUCGUUGCCAUGUCGAGCUAUGCACUGAUAAGUGACAGAUCCACCUGUAGGACUGGAGCUGUCGACAAUACUUACAGAAAAGAGGAGGACGGGUGCUUAUGCAUGAGAAAUGUGACUGUUUGAUUUAAGAUGUUUGUGACUUGGGCAAAUCCAGGUGAGAAAUGCUGCACAUUUUUUUUUUAUGUUUGGACUUCGUUCAACCCAAAUCUAAAUAUCUCUCAGGCGAUAAGGUUUACCAGAAUAUUUCCAGCAAGGGGCUGAUUUAUUUGUGACUUAGAGUAUCCUAUUUAUUUAAUUAAGCUAGUGAACAUUUUGACUAUUAAAAGGAAACUAUGUUUGUCUGUUUGGUUCAAUAAAUACCCAUUGAGGCAUA